AUGGUUAGAUGGAUCAUCAAGUACGCUACCGUGGCCGCUAUUUUCCGGAUGUUUUCCAUGUCGCUUGUCAUGGUGUGUUCCGAGCUCCUUCUCACAGCAGCCAUGUCUCCAUCCGGAGAGUACCAUUUACAUACAUGGAUUCUCAUCAGCUGUCUCCUCACUGGGGUGUACAUCUGGCAGAGUUUCAUCACUUCCAAUCUCAUAUACGGCAACGGCCACGGCCACGACCAUGACCACGCCGAUGCCGAUUUACGCUCCUCCAAGAGCCAGCCAGAUGCAGAUUCACUGCAAGAACUCGCAAACUCCGAUGAAAGCGACGGUACGAACACCGCCGCCCUUUCUUUCACAACAGCAUCCACCACUCCAUCCUCAAAAAGAAAAAAGGGUUCUUCCUCCUCCUCUUCCUCCCUACAGCAUUUCCAACUUCGCUGGUCCAAGCGCAGACGCUUGGACCUUUACAAAGUUAUAGUCUUUUGUGUCGUGCCCGUUGGUUUCACCUCUUUUCUCACCAUGAUCGUUCUCCUCAGAAACUUGUUCAUCCAGAGACUCGAUGUCGAGCAUAUGGAACGUCUCUUGCGUAAGUCGUACUGA